AUGGCACCAACUCCGUGGAUUCCCAACCAGUACCCAACGGCGCGCCAUUCUGACCACGUCGAUCGCUACAAAAGCGCUCAGCGCGGCGACGUCGCGGUUCCCGACCCAUACAACUGGUUGGAGAAUGACACAGACGAAACAGACAAAUGGACUACCUCUCAGGAGCAAUUUACUAGGGCUUUCCUGGAUAAAAACCCCCAUCUCGACCGCCUGGAAAACGUGUUUCGCGACUGCAACAACUUUGCCAAGUUCUCCGCCCCAAAGCUUUAUGAUGACGGCCGAUGGUAUUGGUUCUACAAUAGCGGCUUGGAGCCACAGACGGCAAUGUAUCGGUCGAUAGACAGCAAGCUCCCGGACUUUGCUAAUGUUAAAGGCAGCGGUGGAGACAUUUUCUUUGAUGUGGGGCUUGUUUUUCCGCCUGCGUUUUCCCUUCCUCUAAUGUUAUCCACUUCUGAAGCCCAAUGCUCUCUCCUCGGACGGAACUGCUUCGCUAGCCACCUUCAAAAUGUCGAACUGCGGAAAGUAUUUCGCAUAUGGCAUUUCGUAUUCCUGAAUGACCUCAAAGCCACUCUCGGCCUCGCUGGUAUUCAGGGUAGCGACUGCAUGACGAUCUAUGUGCGCCCGUCAGACUCACCGCUCAACAAGGAAGUGGAUAUGAAGAAUGACACUGGUCGCUUCCCCGAGGAGAUUAAGUUUGUCAAAUUCUCAUCGAUAACAUGGACGCCUGGCUCCGAAGGUUUUUUCUAUCAGCGGUACCCUGGUAAAAAUGGCACUGAUAAAAGCAGUGCGAUUACCACCGACGGGGAUUUGGACGCGAUGAUUUACUAUCACCGCCUUGGAACGUCACAGGCGGAGGAUGUGCUGGUCUACCAGGAUAAGGAGAACAGGGAAUGGAUGUUUAGCAUAGAGGUCACAGAGGAUGACAAAUACCUUAUACUUUACCUUCUCAAGGAUAGCUCCAGACAAAAUCUUUUGUGGAUAGCUGACUACGAUACCAACGGCAUUGGGCCCAACAUCCAGUGGCGCAAAGUUGUGAACAAGUUUGAGGCCGAAUACGAUCCAGUCGCCAACAAGGGUUCAGUGUUCUACAUUCGCACCAACAAGUUGGCGCCGCAAUACAAAGUCAUCACAAUUGACAUCGCGAAAGGCAACGAGACCAAGGAUCUCAUUCCCGAAAGUGAGGCGUAUCUCUCCAGUGUCCUCAGCGUAAACAAGGACUACUUCGCCAUCACCUACAAGCGCAAUGUCAAGGACGAACUUUAUGUCUAUUCGCACGAGGGCAGGCAGCUCACCCGUUUGGCUGAGGAUUUCGUUGGUGCCAUAUCAGUCAGCGGGCGAGAAAAGCAGUCAUGGUUUUUUGCAACGAUGCAUGGGUUCACCUCACCGGGGACGGUCGGGAGAUACGACUUUACGGCACCGGAAGGCCAACGUUGGAGCAUUCUUCGGUCUACGCAACUCAAUGGAUUGGAUGCGAACGACUUCGAGGCCCGACAGGUCUGGUUCGACAGCAAGGACGGAACGAAGGUCCCCAUGUUUGUCGUCCGACACAAGUCAACAAAGUUCGAUGGCACGGCACCCGCGCUGCAAUACGGUUACGGCGGCUUCAGCAUAUCCAUCGACCCGUUCUUCAGUGCAACGAUCCUCACAUUCCUCCAAAAGUACGGCGCCGUCUUGGCCGUCCCUAAUAUCAGGGGUGGCGGAGAGUUCGGGGAGGAAUGGCACAAGGCCGGGUCGAGGGAGAAAAAGGGAAAUUGCUUCGACGAUUUCAUCGCUGCAACCGAAUAUUUGGUGAAGAACAACUAUGCAGCACCGGGGAAGGUGACAAUCAACGGUGGAUCAAACGGAGGCCUAUUAGUGUCCGCUUGCGUCAAUCGCGCACCUGCAGGAACCUUCGGGUGUGCAAUUGCCGAGGUCGGGGUGCACGAUCUACUGAAGUUCCAUAAAUUUACCAUUGGAAAGGCCUGGUCCAGCGACUAUGGGAACCCAGAUGAUCCAUCGGAUUUCGACUUCAUCUUCCCCUUGUCCCCUCUUCACAACAUCCCAACCAACAAGAUGUUGCCUCCCUACCUUCUGUUGACUGCGGAUCACGAUGAUCGUGUGGUUCCUAUGCAUUCGUUCAAGCUGGCAGCCACGCUCCAACAUCUUCUCCCACACAACCCCAACCCCUUGCUCAUCCGAGUCGACAAGAAGGCUGGACAUGGUGCUGGUAAAUCAACACAGCAAAAAAUCAAGGAAAACGCGGAUAAAUAUGGUUUUAUCGCACAAACUUUGGGCCUCGAAUGGAAAGAAGCAGCUAGCCUUUGA